AAAUGACAUCAUCUGCCAAUAAUUACAUGCAACCAUAAAAAAAAAAGUCCCAGAAAACAAGCUGUUCACAAAUAAUUUUUCAUUUAAAUAUUCAUUGUGGUGUUAUAUCAGUUUUUUAAUAGGUCUGAUUUUUUUCUUCACAAAAGUAAACUUGCUUCUUUUUGUAAUGAUCUCCAGAACUGCAUCAGGUACAGUUUAUUACUGAGAAACAUGGUUGAAACCUAUAAGUCCUAACUAAACAUUACAUGUAUAAUAUAAAGGUUCUGGGGUCUGGCUUUGCCCUGGAGCUGAGCAUGAGGGUUGAAAGUCGUUGCUUAGUGAGAUGAGCGUUUGUUUUUCUACAGAGCAAUGCACCGGCCGAGGGUCAGUUUGCCAAUCAUGCACAGGGUGGGCUUUGCUGUUUAAAGAGCUCGAGGUGACCGAUCCGUACGUAUUGCCACGUGCGCGCGCUGUCUGAAACAGUCCGGGAAAGUUUUCCGGGGGGGCACUUUCUUUUAAUCAUCCGACUCCUACAAAACUAAUUCAGCCGCUUUCUUAUUACCACAUCGUAAUUUGUGCCGCCACGGUAAAUCGCCAGACUGGAUUUGCCCGACCCUAGAAGCUGGUGGAGCGGGGGCAAAUCGUGGAGGACCGAGAAGCGGUACACCCGAGGGGGCAACAUGACGGCGGAUUCUCCUGAGCCCGCGCACAUGCCCGUGCCCACACCUGUUCACACGCCUGCCGACGGGACCGAGCGGGACGUCAGCGAGCGAGUGUUCAUCAACGUGUCGGGGCUGCGCUUCGAGACGCAGCUUAAGACUCUCUCCCGCUUUCCGAACACGCUGCUGGGUGACCCGCGCAAACGCACCCGCUUCUUUGACCCGCUCCGGAACGAGUACUUCUUCGACCGGAACCGACCGAGCUUCGACGCCAUCCUGUACUACUACCAGUCCGGCGGGAGGCUCCGCAGACCCAUGCACGUGCCGGUGGAGAUUUUCAUGGAGGAGAUCAAGUUUUAUGAGAUUGAUGAUGCGGUGAUACAGGGCUUCAUCGAUGACGAAGGUCUCAGCAAAGAGGAGACGCGCCCGAUGCCCACCUCCGAGUUCCAGCGGCAGGUGUGGCUCCUGUUUGAGUAUCCAGACAGCUCCAGAGCAGCCCGACUGAUUGCCAUAAUUUCAGUAAUGGUCAUUAUAGUUUCAAUCGUCAUCUUCUGCUUGGAGACCUUACCAGAAUUCAAAAGCUCUGGAGAUGUUCCGGGCAGAAAAGCAACAGGUAACGAGACGAUUGAAGAAGUUUUGCAUGGCAACCCGUUCACGGACCCGUUCUUCCUCCUCGAGACGCUGUGCAUCGGCUGGUUUUCCUUCGAGAUGUUCAUGAGGUUCAUCUCGUGCCCGAGCAAGUUCGCUUUCUACAAGGACAUAAUGAACACGAUCGACAUCGUCGCGAUUGUGCCGUAUUUCAUCACGCUGGGUCUGGAGCUCGCGGAGAACCGCGCGAACGCGCAGCAGGCCGCGUCCCUGACCGUGCUCAGAGUCGUGCGGCUCGUGCGCGUCUUCCGCAUUUUCAAACUCUCGCGGCACUCCAAGGGGCUGCAGAUCCUGGGCCGGACGCUACACGCCAGCAUGCGCGAAAUGGCACUGCUAAUCUUCUUCCUCAUCAUUGGCAUCAUCCUGUUCUCCAGCGCGGUCUUCUUCGCUGAGGUCGACGACCCCGAUUCGAGCUUCACGAGCAUCCCGGAGUCGUUCUGGUGGGCUGUGGUUACAAUGACUACAGUGGGAUAUGGAGACAUGAGUCCCGUCACACUGGGUGGUAAAAUCGUCGGUUCGAUGUGCGCAGUGGCCGGUGUGCUCACCAUUGCGCUGCCGGUGCCUGUCAUCGUGUCCAACUUUAGCUAUUUCUACCAUCGAGAAACCAACCAGGAUGAUAACAGCACCUACACGCAUGUGACCUGCGGGCGCCAGGUGACCUCGUCUGAUGAGGACAACAUGCCCAAGGGCGAAAGUAAAGUCACGCUUAUUAAAUCAGAGUGCUCAGAAAAUAAUAAUGAUGAUGAUGACUUACAUUUCUCGAUAUACUGUAAUUUUAAUCCUGAUGAAUACACAGGGAAGCUGACAGAUGUCUGAGCAACUCAAAUAACUCAACACAUUUCUAAAGUGGCAUUCGAGUUCUCAGAGUGAGAGUUGGGUAUUUCAUUUUAUCAAAUAUAUUGCAAAAGUCAUCUACUAAUUUAACCAGCUCAGCCUGUGGUUUUAUUUUUGGAACUAGCUGGUCAGAUGAAACUGGAUACUUCAGCAGGAAAAGGUAUUAUUUUUUUGUUUAACAAUUAAUGAUUAUGUUUUUAUUUAUACUCAUUUGCCUGCUUGACUAAUCCCUUGUAUCAAAUGGGUUUAUUCAAAACCUCAAUAACUCUUAAGCAAGUAGGUCUGUAAAUGAUGUCAACUUGGACAUCAUUUGUUUGGUGGGUAAUGAGGUCAGGAGUAAAAGCUAAAUAACACCAAUAAAUAGACAAAACAUUUUGUACACAUUAAAUUAACGAUCGUAAUAUUCAAUUCAAACAGUUGGAUUACUUUUAUAAAAUAAACCUGGACUGAUGAGGUUUUUAGAAUGUAUUUUAUACAUAAUGUGUUGUAAAUUCAUGAACAAAAAAAGUUGAAUAACCCUUAACUCUCAGAAA